AUGCAGCUGAGUGCUAUUCGUUUUCAAAACUGCAUUGUGUCAGUGGCCGAGAGCCGAGGCAUCCUGGAGGGCAUCCAGCGAUUCUCCCUGCUGCCCACCUACCUGCCGGUGACCUACCGCAUCCACCGCGCCGAGGUCUCCUUCUUCCUGAAGGAGGCCAACCAGGACAUGAUGCGUAACUCCAGCCUGCAGUCCCGCGUGGAAUCCUUCCUCAUCUACAAGUCCGGGAGCCUGCCGCUCCUCAACGCCAGCUACGGGCCCUUCUCUGUGGAGCAGGGGCUGCCUCCCGACCUCCUGCUGCUGGCCAGCCCCUUCAGACUCACCAAUGCCUUUCCUCUCAACUGGAAGCUGCGGGUGUACACACUGCGGGAGAAGAUCUACUCGGCCCGGCCCCUCGUGCAGGUCCUCUUCCACGUGGCGGGCCGGGCCUGGGCGGACGGCCGGGCCUCCGAGGAGCCGCUGCCCUGCCUGCGCGUCUUCGCCUUCCGGGGGGCCCGCGUGGAGCUCUACUACAUGGUGCAGCCCGGGGAGGGGCGCGGGGACUGCACCGGGGCCGCCCCCAGGACGGGCGGCGGGCUCCGCAUGGGCCACAGCGAUGUGGACGAGUCGGCCCCUCCCCUGCACAGGAUCGGCAGCAUCUUCCUUUACCAGAGCCCCGGCCGCCCGGCCCAGAGUGAGCUGUGGCUGGACAGCAACGUGGCCAUCCGCUACACCCCUGGGGCCGCGAGGCCGGGAGCUGUGCUGACCUUCCCCGUCUCCAUCUCCAGAAACUGCACGGAGGACCGCUUCACCCUCAGGGCCAAGGUCCAGAAAGGCGUGAGCGUGGUCGGGGUGCGCGCCAGCAGCCCUGCCAUCUGGGACGUCCGGAAGAGCACGGAGCCCGCGGGGAGGCACGCGCCGGCCGCCGUCCUCUGUGAGAAGACAGCCACGGCCUCGGAGAGCAGGGUGGACGGCGCCUCCUACGAAGUCAUGCAAAUUGACAUCAAAAUCGAAGAGCCCAGCGACACACCGGCCACGCAGCUUGUCACCUGGCAGGUGGAGUAUCCGGGAGAGAUCACGUCUGACUUGGGAGUGUCCAAGAUCCACGUCAACCAGAAGGACCUGAUUGCAGUCAUACCACUGGCCAUGGAGGCGGAGAUCCUGAACACGGCCAUCCUCACGGGGCGGACAGUGGCCGUGCCGGUGAAGGUGGUCUCUGUGGAGGUGGACGGCACGGUGGCGGCGCUGCCGGAGGCUGUGGAGUGCAGGUCCUCUGACGAAGACGUGAUCAAGGUUUCUGACCGGUGCGACUAUGUCUUCGUCAAUGGGAAAGAGAUGAAAGGCAAGGUGAAUGCGGCGGUGGAGUUCACCUACCAGCACCUGCACAGCACCCUGGAGAUGACCGUGUGGGUCCCCCGGCUCCCGCUGCAGAUCGAGGUGUCGGACGCGGAGCUCAACCAGAUCAAGGGCUGGAGAGUCCCCAUCUUCUCCAGCAAAAGGCCAGCUCGGGACAGCGAGGAAGAGGAGGAGGAGGACAGGAAGGGCCGCGGCUGCACCCUGCAGUACCAGCACGCCAUGGUGCGGGUCCUGACGCAGUUUGUGGCUGAGGCGCCUGACCCCGGGGGUCACCUGGCCUACCUCCUGGGCUCGGACUGGCACAUGGACAUCACCGAGCUCGUCGGUGACUUCAUGCAGGUGGAGGACCCCAGGAUCGCCAAGCUUCAAGGACAGAUCCUGAUUGGGCAGGAGCUGGGUAUGACCACCAUUCAGAUCCUGUCACCACUGUCCGACGCCAUCUUGGCGGAGAAGACCAUCACCGUGCUGGAGGAGAAGGUGACCAUCACAGACCUCGGGGUCCAGCUGGUCACCGGACUCUCGCUGUCCCUGCAGCUCAGCCCAGGGAGCAACAGGGCCAUCUUUGCCACCGCAGUGGCUCAGGAACUUCUGCAGAGGCCCAAACAGGAAGUGGCCAUCAGCUGCUGGGUACAGUUCAGCGACGCGUCUGUCACCCCCUUGGACAUCUAUGACGUGAGGGACUUCUCCCUGCUGGCCACGUCGCUGGAUGAGAAGGUGGUCUCCAUCCACCAGGACCCCGAGCUCAAGUGGCCGGUCAUCACCGCGGAGGCCGAAGGCCAGGGCGCUCUGGUCAAGGUGGAAAUGGUGAUCAGCGAAUCGUGCCAGAAGUCCAAGCGCAAGAGCGUGCUGGCCGUGGGGACGGCCAGCCUCAGAGUCCGACUUGGCCGGAACAAUGCCAGCCCCAACGCCAGCGAUGGCGGGCAGCCCGGGGCGGGAGUCCGCCUGGAGCACAGCAUCAGCGACCGGAGGCCCCAAAGGCCCCUGCAGGACCGGGACCAGGAAGGGCCGCAGCACGGCAGCCCCUCCCUGGGGCUCCUGGAGGGGCCCGCGUGGGGCGGCACCACCGAGCGGCCGGCCUUCCAGAGCAGGGAUGGCCAGGCCAGCCUGCUGGAGGAUGACAGCCACUGGCAGAUGGCCACCACGGACCUGGCCAGCUUCCCCAGUCAGGCCGACCUCCCCAGGAGCCCCGUGGAAAUGGAGGAGGGAGACCCGGCCCCGGGCCGCGGCCUGGGUGACCUGGAGGUGGGCAUGUACGCGCUGCUGGGCGUCUUCUGCCUGGCCAUCCUGGUGUUCCUCAUCAACUGCACCACCUUCGCGCUCAAGUACAGGCACAAGCAGGUGCCCUUCGAGGGGCCGGAGGGGCUGAGCCAUGCCCACGACUGGGUGGGGCUGAGCAAUCGGACAGAGCUCCUGGAGCACCCCGUGGACUUGGCCUCCGCCCCGAGGGAGCAGACCACCGCUGUGGACGGAGGCCUGGAUGUGGAGGAAAGCAAAUACCUGCUGAGCGCCGGCUCCCCGAGCAGCAGCGGCAAGGAGCAUCUGCUGAGGCCGGCGGGAGCCGAGCCCGCCUGCUGGGAGGAGCCACCGAGCGAGCCGCCCGCCUCCCCUACCUCCAAAAGGAAAAGAGUGACUUUCACCACCUUCUCGGCCAUCUCCUCGGACGCCGGGGGCCCCGCAGGGAGCACGGGGCUGAUGGGCAGCGUGGGUGACGUCCAGUGGGUCUGCCCGGACCUGGGGCGCAGGGAGCACACACCGCCGCACGGCUCCCGGGAAAGGCUCCAGGAGCAUGUGUGA